AUGGUCCUCCCCCACGAGCCCGAAUUCGAACAGGCACUCGCCGAGCUUACACUCAGUCUUCAACCCUUCUUAAAGGCCAACCCCCAAUACCAAAAAGCCCUCACUAUCGUGCAGGUUCCUGAACGAAUCAUCCAAUUCCGAGUUGUAUGGGAAGAUGAUCAAGGACGACCUCAGGUGAACCGCGGAUUCCGAGUUCAGUACAACUCUGCUCUCGGUCCAUACAAAGGCGGCCUUCGACUCCAUCCCACCGUCAACCUCUCCAUCCUCAAGUUCCUCGGUUUCGAGCAGACGUUCAAGAAUGCUCUGACUGGAUUGAGCAUGGGGGGUGGAAAGGGUGGCUCAGACUUUGACCCGAAGGGCAAGUCAGACGCGGAGAUUAGAAGGUUUUGCGUUGGUUUCAUGACCGAAUUGUCGAAGCAUAUUGGACAGGAUACUGAUGUUCCUGCUGGUGAUAUCGGAACUGGUGGACGCGAGAUCGGGUUCAUGUUCGGUGCUUACAAGAAGUUACGAAACGAGUUUACGGGUAUUCUUACUGGCAAAGGGCUUCUUUGGGGAGGAAGUAAGAUACGUCCUGAAGCUACUGGAUAUGGUGUUAUCUACUAUGUGGAGCAUAUGAUCGCCAAAGCAUGCCCAGAGUACAGCCUCACAAAGCCCACCACCCUCGUCGCCAUUUCCGGCUCUGGGAAUGUCGCCCAAUACACCGCACUCAAGGUUAUCGAGCUCGGUGCUACCGUCGUCUCGCUCUCCGAUUCCAGGGGCUCGCUCAUAGCCACCACCGACAAGGGCUUUUCGAAGGAAGUCGUUGAUAAGAUCGCGGGUCUCAAAUUAAAGGGCGGGUCUCUCGAGUCAUAUAAAGACUUCGCCUCUGAGACUGAGUACGCUUACCAUGCUGGCCAACGCCCAUGGAAGCUCCUACCUAAAAUCCACAUCGCCCUACCUGGAGCAACACAAAACGAAGUCUCUGGUGACGAAGCUGAGGCGCUCAUCGCCGCUGGCACGAGAAUUGUCGCUGAGGGAUCGAAUAUGGGGUGUACCGCCGAAGCGGUCGAGAUAUUCGAAAAGUCUAGGAAGGAGGGUAAAGGCAAGGGUAUAUGGUAUGCUCCAGGGAAGGCGAGCAACUGUGGUGGGGUUGCUGUUUCUGGUUUGGAGAUGGCACAGAAUAGUCAGAGGUUGCAUUGGACGCAGGAGGAGGUUGAUGCGAAGUUGAAGGGUAUUAUGACGGAGUGCUAUAAGACUUGCUUGGAUGUCGGAAGCAAGUGGUCUGGUGAAGAUCUUCCUGAAGGCGCCCUUCCCAGCUUGCUGUUCGGUGCCAAUGUUGCGGGUUUCAUUAAAGUUGCUGAUGCUAUGAAGGAACAAGGUGAUUGGUGGUAG